AUGUCAUUGUACUCAAAAUUGUUACUUAGUGGUGACAUAGAAAGCUGGAAAUCGGAAGGAUGCAGUUUUAAAAUAAGGGAUCGUAAAUAUGUUUACAAAAAUGGAGAGUAUGAAAAGCAACAUCAAGACAACCAUAACCUGGGAAAAGAGGAUCAUAGAAAGAAAGAAAAUUGUUAUGAACAAUAUUUUGAUGAUUUUAAAGAGCAGGCUGAUUACGAGAAUCAAUAUUAUUGCCAAAAUGAAAACAAACAAUUUAAUGAGUAUGGACAAGUUACACCCAAUAGUUACAAACAACCAUGGAACCACCAACGGCGAAAAAAAAAUCAACGACAGAGUCAACGAUUCAAUAGCAGAAUCUAUAGUAAUAACGGUAUCAACAACCAAAAUAUAAACAUGAAUUUCAGAAAAAAUUAUCAAACUAUGACAUCACAGGGAUACGAAAAAGGAAAUUUCUAUAACAGCGAUAGGAAUUUUAAAGAGUAUAACAUCGAUUCAAGAAAUUUACAAUAUAGAUUUGCGGAAGAAGAACAAGAAUUUAAUGUCAGAAAUGAAUACAGAAGAUACAACGAUAUACAAGAUGAUUAUAGAAUAGAGCGGCAGAAGGAUUAUGAAUAUACUGAUUACGAAGAAUCAAUACAUGAUUAUGAUUUCGUAACACCACCAAUUCGUUUUAAAGAUUCGUCUACAAACCAAAACUCUUUAGAGGAUGAAAAACAAUCUGAUUAUAAUGUCUCACCCUCUGUAAAUGAACCACAACUUGAAACAGAAAGCGAAAAAUCAAGCGAAGAAGAAGAAAACAUUAGUAUUAUUAACAUUAAUAAUACAAAAAAUCUGAAAGAAGAAAGAACUCAAGAGCAAUUACGCAGCAAAAAUGAAGAAGGAAGAAAAUUAGAAGAAUUUAGGGAUGCAACAAUAAAUCAAAAUGCCAAACAUCCAAUAGAAAUGUCACAUAAAGACGAAAAUCCUGCAAGGAAUAUGACAAUUUCUUCUGUCACGAGUGUAAAUCAAGAGAUAUUAGAAGAGGUCCAAACUUUAAACAGAAAAUCUGACAACUUUGUAUCAAUAAUUCAAGAUUAUUCUGAGGAAAAACGGCUACUAAUAAUAAAUGAAGACAAUGAGACAGAGAAUGUACCAGAUGGAUUUACAAUUGAAAUGAAAAGUGAUAAACUGGACACGGAAAGUAAUGAAAAGAUGACGACAUUAAACAGUGACACUCAGCAAAAUUUGCGUUUACCAGGGUCAAUGUCAUUCGUAUGGGAAGUCAAUUUAGUAAAACCGAAAUUAAAAGUUGUUAAUAAAAGAAAAUGGGUUCAUAAAAUCCAAAAAGAAAGGUCAAAUGUGAAAGGUCAUUUGAAAAAAAAUUAA